AUGGGAGAUCAAAAUGCUUGUGGUGAAUGUGGUUUUACAACCUCUAAUUUUGAAGCAUUUACCGAGCAUAUUGCUAAACAUGAAGAAGGAACUGAAAAAGUAACAAAAUUAGAAAAAAUAUCAUCUGAAAAAAAAGUUAAUGAAUGGAAUGUUAAAAAUGAAAAAGAUUCAAAUCCAAUUAAUUCUAUAAAUUGUGAUAUGAAUCUUUUACCAUUAUCACCUAAUACUAGUUCUGAUGGAUCAAUUUGUCAACAAUCACCACCUGCUGGUGAAAAUCAAGGAAAUCCAGAAUUUAUAAGAAUUCUUCCACCAGCAAGAAAUUCAAAUAUUAAAGGAGAAAAGCAGCUGUUAACAUGCCCACAUUGUAAAUUCCAGACAUUUAUGUCGCAACAUAUGAAAAGUCAUUUGGAUGCUCAUGAAAGACAUCAAGGUCAGAUGUAUCAAUGUGAUAUUUGUCAUAUGCAAUUUAGUCAAAAAGCUAAUAUGCAUAGACAUAGAAUGCGUCAUACUGGAGUUAAACCAUAUCCAUGUAAAUAUUGUGAUAAAAAAUUUUUCAGAAAAGACCAAAUGCAAGAACAUUCAAUGACUCAUAUCAAAACUGGAGUUGAUUUUGAUUGUCCAGUAACGGGAUGUGAUAUUGUUUGUUCACAACAUUCAAUGCUUAGAACACAUCUUGAUGAUGUACAUCAAAUUAGUUCCUUCAAAUCAGCUAGUUGUAAAAGAUGUACAUUAAUUUUUACUAAUUCAAGACGCUUGCUUCUUCACUAUCAAACUAAACAUGAGGAUGGUGGAAAAUAUUCAAUUGGUAAAGGAUCAGCUAAAUCACCUAAUGAAGAUAAUACAAAACAUUUAGAACAAGAAAGUAAAGAUACCUCAUCAUCAGCAUUAGAUAAUCUUUUUGGUGAUAUAAGAUUAAAAGCAUUACUUGAAAAUUCAUCUAUUCCUGUAACACCAAUAAAAAAAAGGGGUACAAAAAGAGGCAAAUCAUCAAUAAAUGAUAUUAAAACUGAAAAUUUUACUGUUCAAAAAGAGGUACAAGAUAAUAUGUUAUCAAUGUUAACAGAAGCCGCUUUAAAUGCUGCUGAAUCAAAUCAUAAUCAAUUUGAUUCAUUAUUAAAACAUGAAAAUUUUACUGAUAAUUUCGCUUUACAAGUUAAAGAUCUUUUAGGCAAUUUUACUCAAGAUGAUACUAGCAAAACAUCAUUGUUUAAUUUAAACACACCAACAUCAACUAUAUCAAAUGAUGUACAAAGUCAUAGCUCCUCAGAUGAUAGUACUAUUUCAAUGGAUUUAGAUGAGCCAACAAACAAACUAGCUAAAGUAAAUCUUAAAAAUGUUAGAACAUGUGAUAUUUGUAAUAUAAUUUUUAUUGAUCCUUGUGUAUAUUUAUUGCACAAAGGUCUUCAUGAUGAAAUGGAUCCAUACAAAUGCAAUUUAUGUGGAGUGAAAUGUAAAGAUGUGUAUACAUUUAGUUGUCAUAUUAUUAAUGCUCCGCAUUAA